GGGCAUGGAUAUGAGGCAGUCGCGUAGUAUUACCCGCGCAUGCAAACUUUUAUUUUACUUUAUUUUCGCGUAAUCUGUGGUCCAGCUGCCGCCAUCAGAAUCGAGUAACGGUCAUCCGCUCGGUCUGUUGUCACCCAAACGAUUCCAAAGACAAUCGAAUUACCGAUUCUGGCAUCCAGUUGAGUGUGCACGUUUCAGUUUGUGAUACGGUUGUGUGUGUUUAUUUCUAAUGCGUGUUAGUGGUAUCCUGCAGCACCAGUGAGUUCAUCACAGUAACCAUAAAUUUGCACAUAUUUGACAAACUAGCGACAACACCCAUAACAACAACAACAACAAGAAGAAGAGCAACAACAGCUGUACUGUGUUAACCAAAGACGACGCGUCCUUCUAAAUGUAAAAGCAACCAACUCUAGUCAACGAAGAGCAACAGACCAAAUGAGCACCACUCAAAAUAACAAGCCAGAAGGAUAGCAAACAAGAAAGCAAGCAGCAAAGACCAAAAACUAGAAACUUAACAACAACAACAACAACAGCAGCAGCAACAAUAUUUGCAAGAGAAUUAGCAACAUUAAAGUAACGGCGUCCAACAAUCAAACGAACGAACCAACCAAACAAGCAAGCAACGUACCAGGAUCCUGAGAAGCACUCGAGAGUCACUCGAGUGCGCCGUCUCGUUAAUCAAGAUGCGUGUCGUGGCCAUGGUUAGUGGUGGCAAGGAUAGUUGCUACAACAUGAUGCAGUGCGUCGCCGAGGGUCACGAGAUUGUCGCACUCGCCAAUUUGCAUCCCAAAGACAGAGAUGAGCUAGAUAGCUUCAUGUAUCAGACGGUCGGCCACAUGGGUAUUGAAAUACUAGCCAGCGCCAUGGGCCUGCCGCUCUAUAGACGCGAAACGAAAGGCAAGAGCACACAGACAGGCAAACAGUAUGUCCCCACGGAUGAUGAUGAGGUUGAGGAUCUCUAUAGCUUGCUGGAGACAUGCAAGCACGAAAUGCAUGUGGAGGCUGUGGCCGUUGGCGCUAUACUCUCAGAUUACCAGAGGGUGCGUGUGGAGAAUGUGUGCAGUCGCCUCAACCUGAUAUCCUUGGCCUACUUAUGGAGGAGAGAUCAGACUGAACUAUUGCAGGAGAUGAUCGACUGCCAGGUGCAUGCUAUCAUUAUUAAGGUCGCCGCCCUGGGCUUGGUGCCGGAUCGCCAUCUUGGGAAAUCGCUGCGCGAGAUACAGCCCCAUCUGCUGAAGAUGCGGGACAAGUACGGGUUGAAUGUGUGCGGGGAAGGCGGAGAGUACGAGACCUUCACGCUGGACUGUCCACUUUUUAAGCAGCGCAUUCAAGUGGAGGACAUUCAGACGAUCAUUAGCAGUGCCGAUCCCAUCUGCCCCGUGGGCUACAUAAAUUUCACCAAACUGACACUACAGCCUAAGGAGCCCAGCACCGGCGGCGAUGUGGUGUUCGUUAAGAAAUCUCUAGACUACAUCAGUGACCUCAACGAGUCCACCUACAGUGAUCUGAGUGAUCCGGACUUCAGCGAGACCGAGCUGGAGCUCAUCGAGAAGGAGACACGGUUGCGUGAGUCGCUCAGCCAGAACGAGUUGAUCUCGCGCAGCAACUCGUUCGGCCGCCACCUGGCCACGUCGUCGUCCUCGCCCAUACCAAUCGUGACGAAGAGCGCCAGUGUCGACGAGCCCAUACCGACAGCCGCGGCCUCUAGCGCCUCCCUCUUGCUUGCGGCGGCUCCCACCUCGACCUCAGCCGCGGCCUUGGGCAGCGCCCUGCAGGCGGGCAGCUUUGGCAGUUCACGGCCCCUGGGCACCAGCACGGCUGCGGUUUGCGGCUCGCUGUCGCUGGCCAUCUCCUCGAUUGGGCUGAGCACAACGACGUGCAACAAUGCAGGUGUGGCAACGGGCACCACGCAACCACCCAGUCCAAUGAAGUACGAACGCGAAUUCCGUCCACUAGCAAACCAGGCCAUGGCAGCCAUCAAUGCCAAGGGCUGGAUGUGGGUGGCGGGCAUACAGGGCUGUGCCGCCACCAUGGAGGAGGGCAUGCAGCUGGCGCUGGACACACUGCGCCAACUGGCAUGCGCUCAUGGAUACGAGCUCCAGGAUUACUGCUACAUAACACUCUACGUGCGCUCCAUAGCCGAAUAUCCGUCGCUCAAUCGCAUUUACAGCGACAACUUUGACUUCCACAAUCCUCCAACGCGUGUCUGUGUUGAGUGCCCCUUGCCGGACGAUUGUCAGGUGGUGAUGGAGGCGAUUGCCUAUCGCUCGAAUUUGGCGCGUGCGCGUCGCGCUACGCUAGAGGCAACGGCUUUGGCCCAGACGCAGACACCAGUGGAGGAGCUGGAGAUUCAUGAGGAGCCAGCAGGGCUGGCCAAUGGGAAGAGGAACACAAUGCAUGUGCAGGGCAUCUCGCAUUGGGCGCCAGCCAACAUUGGGCCCUACAGCCAGUCGACAAGGAUCGGCGACAUCACGUACAUCUCCGGCCAGAUUGCGCUUGUGCCCGGCAGCAUGACAAUCAUUGAGGGCGGCAUCCGUCCGCAGUGUAAGUUGACCCUUCGGCACAUCAGCCGCAUUGCCAAGGCCAUGAAUGCACAGGGUCAGCUGCGGGAUGUUGUCCACGGCAUCUGCUUUGUCACGCAUCCGGCCUUCAUUGCCGAGGCGCGUCGCCAAUGGGAGCGUCGCACCACCAAUGCCAUCAUGGACUACAUUGUGCUGCCGGCGUUGCCGCGCGAAGCGCUGGUAGAGUGGCAGGUGUGGGCGCAUACGCACAACGACCGCUUUGAUUAUGAGGAAACCGGCUGUUCGGUGAGCGACUACACGAUUUCUAUACGUCGACGCUGGAACUAUGAGAACAAUUGUGCAGCUAUCGUCUGCUAUGUGUCCACCGGACUUGCCUCUUCGACUACACAACUGACGCAUCUAAGCGAUGACAUUCUGGGCAACCAUUGCCGAUUGGCGCAGAGCGUUAACUCUGAGCAUCUGGAUGAAAUACUUACCUACAUUGUCAACCGUUUGCUUAAAGACUAUCCCAUUACUAGAAGGCGCGAUGCUGAGCUCCCCAAUACUUCCGCCAAUACCAGCGGCAAUGCGAAUGCCAACACGAACGCAUCUCCCCCAGCGCCUACGUUAUCCACGGGAGGCGUUGGCGCUGGUGACCAGCAGCCGAACAGCUUGCCAGCCAUACACCUGAAGCUCUUCUAUCAAGUGAAUGCGGCACCAUCCGUAGAGCUGCUGCAGCAGGCGCUGAACGAUUUUCGCCACAAGUGCCAGGAGACGGCGUGCAUAGUGUACACUGUGCUGCCGGCGUGCAGUCUACACAACUUCAGUACUUUCCUCUCUAUUUGCGGAGUGCGGCACGAGUAGUAACUGAACGAGGGUGGAAUCUCUAAUCGCCAUUGCCGCUGCCGCUGCCACUGCAACCACAAAUGAAGCGAGGACUGCUUGCUAUCUUGCUUGCUCGCUCGGUCACUCGCUCGCACUUUCUUUGUUGAUAUUGUUAACUAGCCCAUGUAUAUCUACAUAUUAUGUAUCUACACCAUAUACAAAUUUCUAAAUGCUAUAACAUUUUUCUUUCUUUUCGGACCAACACUUUAAGCAGAAGCAGAAGAUUAAUAUGAUGAUGAUAGUGAGAAGAAAGGCAAGAAAAACUUUUGCAACUAAUGUGUUUCAAGCGCAAUAUAUAACAAAAACAAAAUGCAAACAAACAAACUAUUGUACAAGCAGAAUUUAACGCAACUUUAUAAGCAAUUUUAUGCACUCUCUACACUCUUUAACUAUUAAAACGUUAACGUGAAUGCAAACGUA